GUAAUAAUUGCUCAAAUAAAUACAAUGACAAGGCGGCUGGUAGGAUGUUUGAUGAACAUCUCCGAGGGGCGGAGUAAGGAAACAGUGGAGGCCAUUGCCAUGUCAGCACUGCGGGUGAAUGACAAGACAGACCGAGAUGGUGGGUGUCGAGCCUCUGUGCUGAACAUUUUCUCGGACCAUGACUACAACAGGUCAGUCCUGACCAUUGCAUCCACAGUGGAGGAUAUAGGUGAGGCUGUGUUCCAAGCCUGCACAUCUGCCUACCAACAUAUAGAUCUGAGCAGGCAUGAGGGAGGGCAUCCGAGACUGGGGUCAGUGGACCUGGUACCCCUCCACCCUCUGUCUACAGGAGUCACCCUGCAGGAGUGUGGGGAGAUUGCAAUUGGUGUGGCUCACAGGUUAGCCUCUACUGUCAAGGGAAGUGCCUCUUUUCUCUUUGGCCAUGCUGACCGGCCGUUGUGCCGGCCGCUUGCCCAGCGCAGGAGGGAAGUGGGUUGGUUCUCAACUGGUAUUGCCUUUGAGGAACUUAAACAAGACGUUGGAGAGAAACCUUCAAGCCGGUAUGGCAUAACAGCUAUUGGAGCCAUACCUUACAUGAUGGUCAUAAAUGUCACCAUUGACACUCAGGACCUGAAGUUUGGGCAGCAAAUUGUGAGGUCCAUCAGAGGAAGGACACCAGGUGGCCUUCCUGGUGUUCAGGCAAUGGCAUUUAGUCACCAGGGGCAAGUGGAGAUAGCUUGUAACAUCAUGAGUAUUCCUCAUGAAGGACAAUCAAUCAUUUCUCACUCUAAUUUAGGAGAUGGUCGCAGAACUGAAGAAAGUAAUAUUUAUGGGAGUGAUGAUGAGUUGUACAGGUAUGGUGAGGGGGUGUACACCCCUCCCUCUGUGGUAGAGAGACGUAUACAGGAGCUAGCUGCUGAAGGAGGGGUAAGGACUGUUGGGAGUAAUGUGGUGGGGUUCACCCCGCACGGAGCAUGUCAGCUCGCCGAACAGGCACUCAACACAGGACAGGCCAUGCAUUGGAGGACAAGAACACAGACUACAAUGUAGUCAGCAAGGAACGUUUCAGAAGCUGGUAUACAUUAAGCAAUGCCAUGAUGUAAAACCGGACUGAUCAAAACUUCGAAAUGAAGUCAGAUAAAGUUAGGACAUUACAUUUCUCCUAGUCAAAUGAAAAAAAGCUGACCACUUCAAAGAAGUGAUUUUCUUAUUAGGAGGUGAGGAAGCCGCCCUCUAUAGGCAGGUGUGUCCCAUUCACCAUGGCUGCCUUGUCACUCAGCAGGUACAGGAUGGCAUUGACCACGUCAUCAACCUCUGUGGUGAGAGUAAACAACAGCAUGCAGUCAUAAGACUAGUGAUUCUUAUACAUGUAUAUGUUUGUACAUUAUUACGUAGCAUCUUAAGAUUUGCAUAUGAUGCUACAUACAAGGCUAGGGAUACAGAUGUAACAUGUAAGAUACUAAGAAUAUAUAUUCUUUUAAAAAGCUUCAGUUUUUUGCAAACUGAAGAAAUCUUCAUUUAUGUGGAAACUUUUAAGAUGUCACCUUUAUAAUACAACUGCAAUAGAUAAAUCAGAGAAAUAAAAUCAAGGUAUAUCUUU